AUUGCUGCUAAGUAACUUUGAGAGAUUGGAAAGCUGUGUGCUUCAUUGAUAAUCUUUUCUCUAACUAGUCUUUGUUCUUCUACAAGGUUCUCUUGUUCUAUCUUUUUGUCAUGCAUAUUUUGAUUUUCAUCUCAAUAAAAUUUGUCAAUCCAAACAAAUUGUUCUAUAUUUCCAGAAUCAUGACCUCUAUUUAGACCAUUUCACUUGCCAGCCCAAAUAUGUGUAGUUGCUUGAUGUGGAACAUAUGUUUAAAUUUCAGUCAAAUUUGAUGUUCCCUUUUAAAUUCAACCUCUUUCGUGUGUGAUUUUGUUUGGUCAUUGGUUGUCUUGCUAUCAGUGAUAUCCUUUGACCAUUGAAUUUUUUUUCUUAUGAUUUCUUGUCAAUUGUUUCAUCAGUGUGUAUUCUUCGCCAGACCAAGUGUUAUGUUAUUUUCAGGGAAUGUUCUGUGAAUAUCAAUGAUCUCAGGGAUGGACAAAGACAUGAUAUGUGGCUGCCACUUCAGAACGUGAAAAUGGGGAGGUUGCAUCUUGCGAUAACCGUUGUUGACCAUGGAAAGGAGGUUGAUGCUACAUGCAAGCAGGAAACAGUGGAUACUGAAGAAAUGAGGAAAAGUUCAUUAAAAAAUGAGACUGCCAAAAAUUUGGAUCCGGGUGGAUGGGCGGAGCAGUUCCUGCAGGCAAAGCAUUUCACCCACACUAGGUCGUUGCCGGUGUCCGCCACCAGGAGGAGGCUCUGCGGCAGUGAUCUGAUUCGGAGAUCCACGAAGUAUUGACCAACCCGGUUGAGG